UAUUACUUUAUUAUAUUAAUUUAUACUUAAAAUUUUAUAUUUCUUAUAAGCAAUAACUUAUUAAGAUUUCUACAGGUAGAUUUCGAGUGGGCGGUGAAAUUGAAUCGUAUUACUUUAGAUUUUAUUGGACUUUGGCCUGAAACCAUACAAAACCCUUGGCAGAAGUUAAUGUGCAAUUUUCGAGCGUUUGUAGUUUUCGUGACAAUAACGUUUGGUGUUCUGGUUCCUUCUUUACAUUCCUUUAUAAGAAUUUAUGGAAACAUUAUGCUAAUGAUAGAUAAUUUACAAUUUACUUUACCAGCUAUAAGUUGUUCAAUAAGAAUUAUAAUAUUUUGGUGGAAAAAAGAAGCUAUUAUACCAAUCAUAGAAAUGAUUGCGGAGGAUUGGGUAAAACCGAAAAGUGCACAUGAGAGAAAUAUGAUGAUCAGAAGAGCGCGGACUGAACGCAUAAUUCUUACUUGUACAUAUUGUAUUAUGAUUGUGGGAUGCUUAUUUACCAUCGUUCUACCUGCACUUGGAAUGCCAAUAAGACUAACGUCAAAUAUUACUGAUCCAGGCAGAAUAGUGCCCUUACAAACGCAUUACAUUUAUGAUAUAUCAAAACGGCCGCAGUACGAAUUGACAUAUAUAAGUCAAGCUGUCUACAUAAUUCUUGCAGUUUUAUCCUAUACUGGAAUUGAUCAUUUUCUUGGGCUGGUGGUUUUUCAUAUAUCUGGUCAAUUGGACAUUCUCAAAAAUCAUUUAAUACAUUUGAAUAAAUACAUUUAUUCUCAUAAAGUGUUAAAAAAGUGCAUAGCACGACAUAUCCGUUUACUUAGAGCUAUUACCAUUAUUGAAGAUACGUAUAACAUAACACUUCUCUUAUUAUUUGUAUAUUUUGCAAUACUUUUUGCUUUUUAUGGUUUUCGCAUAAUUAAUAUAUUCGACGAGGGGAAUAAUUUAUCACUUAUUCACUUGGUAUUUUUUAUAUCCACAAUUUUCAAUUUAUUUAUACAUAUGUGUAUGUAUUGUGCUCUCGGUGAAUUUUUAAUAGCCCAAUGUAACGAAAUAUAUACAGCGGCUUACAAUAAUGAAUGGUACUCUUUGGAUCCUAAAAUUGUACAAGACUUGUUGUUUCUGUUGAUAAGAGGAACUAAACCACUCUAUCUCACCGCUGGAAAAGUAUUCCCCAUGACAAUGACCACAUUUUGCAGUCUGUUCGACGAAGGAAAUAAUUUAUCACUCAUUCGUUUGGUAUUUUUUAUAUCUACAAAUUUCAAUUUGUUUCUACAUAUAUAUUUAUAUUGUGCUCUCGGCGAAUUUUUAGUGGCCCAAUGUGAUGAAGUAUAUAGUGCGGCUUACAAUAAUGAAUGGUACUCUAUGGAUCCAAAAAUUGUACAAGAUUUGUUGUUUUUACUUAUAAGAGGAUCUAAACCAAUUUAUCUUACUAUAGGAAAAAUGUUCCCCAUGACAAUGUCCACAUUUUGCAGUUUAAUAAAAACAUCAGUCGGGUAUAUAUCUGUUUUACAUACGACGAGAAGUUAGUUCGUUUAUGAAUAUGAGAUAAAUUUGAAUUUGUCUGAUAGUAGCGGUAUGUUACUUUUAUAAAAUAUGAUAAUAUGUAAAAAUUAUGUAAUUAUUAAAAAAUUUUAA